AAGCGGAUGUGCACGCGCCGUUGCAGCGGAAGUGGCCUUUUCCACCAAUGGCAGAGAGCGACGCCGGUUUCGCGGGGGAUUCAUCUCUGCGUCCACACGAUCUGUUCGCGGGAAACACGACAAGGAGCAACAAGGCGGAAUAAAGACGUCGGAUAACUCCUCGAAACUUGAACCUGUAACUUCUGAUCGACCGCUCGUGCAGCGCAGCGAUGCUUUUCCGCUCGAUCGUUGACAGAGGAGUGGGCAGACGAAGGCAGAACGCCGCCCCUGCAGAUCCUUGGCCCAGGCUCCCUCUGAGCUCUCUGCUUCAGGGCUUCCAGUGCGUUCGACAUGACGAACACAUCUCCUAUGGAAACCUGGGGGACUCCGUGCCACCGUUUGGAUUAGCUUUCUCCUCCGCUGGGGAUAUGCAGAACGUCCUCGCUGCAGCCAACGAAGAAGGCAUUGUGAGGAUCUACAACACGGAGAGCAGAGAAAACACGCUUCUCAAAGAAUGGCUGGCUCAUGAGAAUGCUGUCUUUGACAUUGCCUGGGUACCGGGGGAGCCUCAGUUGGUGACGGCUGCUGGUGAUCAAAUGGCUCGGCUGUGGGACGUGAAGACAGGAGACAUGUUGGGCAGCUUUAAGGGUCACCUCUGCAGCCUCAAGUCUGUUGCAUUCACACCUCAGGAGAAAGCUGUGUUCUGCACUGGAGCCAGAGAUGGAAAUAUUAUGGUCUGGGACACAAGGUGCAGCAAAAAAGAUGGUUUCUACAGACAAGUGAAACAGAUCAGUGGCGCUCACAACAAAGCAGAGACAAGCGCCCCCUUGAAGACGAAGAAGAGAAGGAGCAGCACUCGUGGCAUGGCUCCCAGUGUGGACACGCAGCAGAGUGUCACAGUGGUUUUGUUUCGAGAUCAGCACACGCUCAUCUCCUCUGGGGCCGUCGAUGGAGUGAUCAAGCAAUGGGAUCUGAGAAAAAACUACACUGCACACCGUCAGGAUCCAGUUCCACUGCAGACGUACCCGUACCCGGGUUCCUGCAUGCGCAUGCGGCUUGGUUAUUCCGGACUUGUUCUGGACUCCACAAGAUCCAGUGUGAUGUGUAACUGCACUGAUGACAAUAUCUACAUGUUCAAUGUCAGUGGAAUAAAGACAAAUCCAGUUGCUGUUUUCAGUGGCCACCAGAAUUCCUCAUUUUAUAUCAAGUCCACUAUCAGCCCAGACGACCAGUUCUUGGCCAGUGGCUCAAGUGACAAUCACACAUACAUCUGGAAGAUUUCUGAGCCACAACAUCCUCCCAUGACUCUUCAAGGCCACAGUGAGGAAGUGACGUCAGUCGUGUGGUGUCCCACAGAUUUCACCAAGAUUGCUUCCUGUUCGGAUGACCACACCGUCCGGAUCUGGAGGCUUCACCGGGAAACGGAUGCUGUUCAGUCUUCAGUGGGAGAAGCAAACCUUGUGGGGCGGGCUUGUCCAAAAUCUCCAACAAGGCCGUCAGUCAGAGCUGAGACGACUCCCGCCAAAACCCAGAGGAUAGAGAGUCGUCCAGACCUAGUGUCGCCCCGGCUCGCUGCCUGUGCUCCGAGUGGAGCCGCCCUGCCUCUGUCCUCCAGCACCACUUCACCUGUCCAGUCUCAGGAUGCAAAGGCUGCUGCUGCCCGCCAGAGAACGCCACCCUCUAUCAAACAGUGGUUAUCUCCGAGCCGCGGGUCUCCCGGUCAGGUCACCCCUCCUCUUCGCAAGGUCCUGAGCCCGUGUCCCCAGAGUCCGACGAGCAGUGCCUCUCCCAUCGAACGACGGGCCAAGCGGCGGCUGGAGACCAUUGCGUCUGCCAGCUGUGAGGGCGCAGAACAAUGCGACUGUGUUGCCGAACUUUACCCCGCACCCAAGAGAGGCCGGACCCUGGCUGGUAUCUGCUGCCCCGCUCAGGAGAGCAGGGUACAAACAGACUGUCACACAGACGACAAGCAAACCUCAUCUAGACAGAGUGGCAAAGAGAAUUACUCUCCCAGAGGAAUGGACUGGCUGUCUGUGAUGGCACAAAAGAUGAGGAAAGGUCAAGGAAGCCCAAGUUCUCCCAGAAGUCCCAGUGCCUUGAAGAAACAGGAAGGGAAAACACCAGCUUCACCGACGAUUCGAUCGCCGCAAAACAUGAAGAAAAUCUCCAUGUACUUCACGAAACCGACUCUGGAGUGACCUGCUGGAGCCAAUCACGUGUUCUGUUCUUCUGUUUAAAUACAAUGUUUUUAUUUUUGAGUAAAUCUUUUAUACGUGAUGUCCCACAGACAGUAAAGCCUCUGAGACCACAUGAGUUACAUUACUACAUGAACCAGAAAGAAACUGAAGAUUUGAUGCAGCAGUUUUCACAUCCACAGAGGUAGUUUUUUUUUUUUUUUUUUUUUUUUAAUUUGGGUCGUAGGUAUUUGCAUUUGCUUCCUACGCGGAUGUUCUGGUGCUGUGCUGAGAGACUUUAUUAGAAAUCAGGUUGCAUUUCCAAGUAAAUCUUUCACUUUACUCAAACCUGAAAACUGUUAGAGACGAUGCACCAUUUAAUGCAGGACCCCACGUUUCAUCAAGUUGUUCAGGAGGUUAACAAGGUAUUAAUCUUCAAGUAGACAGUUGUCCACAGGUGUAGAUAUUUUAAAGUCUGCUAAAAAAGUACAAUAAAUUAGCUUGACAGCUUUGAGCCCUUUUAUGAACUUCACUCAUUUAAAGUGUAAGAUGGUCACAGAUCAGCUCUGUAACAGCUUGUCAUUUAUAUCUUCAUCUCUGGAUUUUGUCAUUUCAGUGUUAUGCAUAAAAUAAUCUGAUGAUUCAGAUUUUCUUUUUUACUUGAGAAAAUGUUCAAGUUGUUUAUAUGUACAAAAUAACCAAUGAUUGUUGCAUGGUCCGUUUGUAUUUAAUUAACAUAAACUUGUGGUCUGAACUUUAUUAAACUGAAGUCAGGUUUCAUGGUAUUUCUUUUAUUUGAACACUUUGACCCAUAGAGUCAAAAUUAUUCAGGAUUUCCAAAAGAAGACGUCAUAUGAAGAAAAUCUGCAGUUGAAUUGAAAUUCCUCUGAUUUUCUGUCCUGUCAAGCAGCUCACAACCUCUGACUUAAAAUUGUAUCUGAUAUUGACUGGCUGAUUGGGGGACGAAGCUGGGUUUGCUUAGCUGCAGGAUAACAUCCUGGAGAGGAGCCAGCCCUCCCUGUGAGCCACCAGGGGGCCCCCAAAAUCAAACCUCAAUCACUGAAUUAGCCUUUGCUACUGCUCUUUUAUUUAUGUGGCGAAAAGUGAAUAUAAUCAAAUUUGUUUGAUACAAAACUGGCAACAAUCAGAAACUUACAUAAGUAAUGCAGCCUGUAGUUGUGAGGCCCCUCCCUCAGUGAGUGAAGAUCUUGCAGGAUGAACUGUGAAAAUGAUAAUGUCAAUAAAUGUAAUGUUUACCAGAGGCAGAAAAAGAGAGGAACGUGGGUGAAAAUGGACGAUAACAAGGGUUUCACAUGAAUAAGAAUACAGGAGUGCCUCGUGAACUCUGCCCUUUGGUUUGCCUUAAGGCAGGAAAGGUUUGAAAAAGAUAAGACUUUCAAAUAAAAGCCUUGAAAUGGAUCAGGGUUAUAACUGCAUACAAUAGCUGGCUCUAUGACUGUUUCACACUGAAGGGCAGGGCCCCUGGAAGCAGGAGUCCGGCCCUGCUGGAGAGUCACUGCUCUCACAUGAGAUGUACUGACAGAUACUACGUCCUUGUACUAAAACACACUCAAACGCUGCAGAUUGUGAAGUACUUGUUACUGCAGUAACUUUCUCCUCUGCUCCAGCUGCCAUUCCUCAACGUCACGCAUUUGUUUUCACGCGUCACGUGUUCAGGACCCCGCCCCCGCUCUCCCUCUGCCUCCCCUCGAUUGGCCGAAAAAGUUUCCAGCUCCUAAUUCCCGGCGCGUGAUUGGCCCGCUGCAGCUGUCAGUCAGUGACGCGGGCCUGUCAGUGCUCCUGCAGCGCUCAGUGGUGUUCGGGGCAGACGGCGGCGCUGGAGGUGUUUAAUGGCUGAACUCUCGGCUCCACGGCUGCUAACGUGUCUUAUUCGACAAUAACCGUUGGUUUUCGAGAGGCUGCGGGACCAGCGGCGGCUGUAGCGGAGCGAGGAGACCCGCGUGUGGCCGCGGCUAAGUUGCUAACUUUUUAAUGCUAAAUGAAGCUAAGCCGU